CUCUCUCGUUUUCCGCCAAUUACCCUCCCUCCAUUUUGUUUCCUCCGAAGACGUACGAUUUUGACUUGAUUCUUUCUUCCAAAUUUGGAACCAAAUCCCCAAAUUUGGUAACGUUGUAGUUUCCUUUCCGAGAAUUGUUUCGAAUUGAUCAAAUCUGUGAUGAAUUUAAGGAUCUCGGGCGUUCUGAAAAGUUUCGCGAUUGAAAGAACUAAAGUUCUCUCCAAUCCUCCCACCAAAAACUUGAAUUUAGGGUUAGGGUUUGGUUUGAGUUGAUGUUUGUAUCGGCAUGGGAGUCGAUUACUACAACGUCCUGAAGGUGAACCGGAACGCCACCAAUGAGGAUCUCAAGAAAUCGUAUAGGAGGAUGGCGAUGCAGUGGCACCCGGACAAGAACCCUAACAACAAGGCUGAGGCCGAAGCCAAGUUCAAGCAGCUCUCCGAGGCCUAUGAGGUUCUAAGUGAUCCACAGAAGAGGGCAAUAUAUGAUCAAUAUGGAGAAGAGGGUCUGAAAGGGAUGCCCCCUCCUGGUUCCAACAGUGGGGUCCCAUUUGCUAAUGGCUCAAGUGGUCCUAGUAAUUUCCGAUUCAAUCCUCGAAGUCCAGAGGAUGUUUUUGCUGAGUUAUUUGGAAGUGGCCCUUUUGAGUUCGAGUCCAUGGGACGUGCAAAGUCCAUGAGGUUUCAUACAAAUGGUAGUGGGACUUUUGGCGGAUUAGGUGGGACUGAGAAUACCUUCAAAUCAAAUGCUGAGGCAGUUAGUGCUAGCAGAGGCCAGCCUCGGAAAGCACCACCUGUGGAGACCAAGCUCGAAUGCAGCCUUGAAGAGCUUUAUACUGGAUCAACAAGGAGGAUGAAGAUCUCAAGAAAUGUUAUGCGACCUAAUGGGCGUCUGGUGCCCGAGACGGAGAUCUUAUCAAUUGAUGUGAGGCCUGGAUGGAAGAAAGGAACCAGGAUAACAUUUCCAGACAAAGGGAAUGAGCAGGCGAACCUUUUGCCAGCAGACCUUGUCUUUGUCAUUGAGGAGAAGCCUCAUGAGGUGUACAAGAGGGAGGGGAAUGAUCUUGUUGUCCACUGGAAAAUUUCUUUGGUGGAUGCACUUGCAGGGGCCAUAAUAAAGCUAACAACCCUUGAUGGGCGUGACCUUGCAAUCAAUGUGACUGAUAUUGUGACCCCUGGGUAUGAGCUUGUGGUUGCAAAGGAAGGGAUGCCGAUCGCCAAAGAGCCAGGCAAGAAGGGAAAUCUGAGGAUCAAGUUUGAUGUUAAGUUUCCUUCAAGGUUGACAACCGAGCAGCGGGCAGCCAUUAGAUGUAUCCUUGGAGGUUAACUACAGCAAAUGCAUAAUACUAUAUGCUUAACAAACAGGCUCCACACUAAUAUCUUAGUAUUUGUUUUGUUCCUUUUAUUGGUAUUGUCUACUAUUUUUCUUCCAACUAAUUUCUUCGUUUGUUAUAGCUCAGAAUGUGAAUAGCAUUUUGAAUGCAUGAUGCUCUUUCUCAUGAUAAUUUAAUUUUCAAAUGCAACCAAAGCAUAUUUUGGUGGACCUUGUGUUGGAAAAGCUUAUAUAGACU